AUGCGGUACGUCCGCUUCCUCAAGCCCCCGCGCAUCACCACCGACAAGGGCGCCACCAAGAGUCACGUGUUCUGCCUGGUCACAAUCACCUCGGACCUGGGCGACUCGUUCUUCCCUCACCAUGUCGAGCUGGCCGCCGAGCUCGUCUCCCCAGAGCGUGGCGGCGAGAUGUGCGUGUGGCGCACCGUCCAGUGGGCCGCAGGGAUGCGGUCUCUGGCCAUCUCCUUGCCCUUGAAGAAAUCCUACGCCUCCCGUGCUCUGCGAGUGCGCGUUGGCGUAGAGCCCAAGGCGCAGUCUGAUGCUCUGCACGACCUGUCUCACCCCGACGCACACGGCAUCGUGUCGGCGUGGAGCGCAGACUUCAAUUCGCCGCCAAACGCUGGAGGUGCGAAGCUGGUGCAGCGCCGCUUCACAAUCGGACAGGCCGUCGUCAGUGUGUGGGAAGAGACGGGGGAGAGCAUAGCACGACAUCUAUGGGACGCUGGCAUCACGCUCGCCCACCACUUGUCUUCCCUGCUCCCCGACUCCACACACGCCCUUUCCACCGCCCUCCUCCCCUCCCCGCCCAACGGCACCCUGAACGUCCUGGAGCUAGGCACAGGGUGUGGGAUAGUCGGCAUAACCCUCGCCUCUCUCCUUCCAAACUGCACCGUGACCCUGACCGACCUGCCCGAAGCGCACGACAUCGUCUCGGCAAACCUCUCCCUGAGCCACUCCACCCUGGCCCCGGGCUCCCUCGUCUCGUUCGCAGAGCUAGACUGGGACGCCCCCCUCCCCCCCUGGCUCGCCGAGUCCGAGUCCAAACUCGACAUGGUGCUGGCGGCUGACUGCACGUACAAUCCUGAUAGCAGUCCGGCACUAGUCCGCACCCUAACUGCACUCACCCGCACUUCCCCACACACUGUAGUAGCCAUAGCGUUGAAACUGCGCCACGAAAGCGAGCGCGUCUUCUUCUCGCUCAUGGCCGACGCCGGGUUCCUCGAGACGGCAGUCUUGCGUUACGACCUACCGGGCGACAUGCAGUCGGGGGAGGAGAGGGUCGAUGUGCAUGUUUACCGAUUCAGGGGCUGAUGUUUGUUGCUGAGAGCUUCCUCUUCUCUUCUCUUCUCUCUCCCCGUUCUAUCUUUUUAGGUGCAGAGUUGGAGGUUUAG